AUGGAGAGAUCCCGCGGGCUGCUGCUGGUGGCGGGCCUGCUGGCGGCGCUGCUGCCGCCGGCGGCGGCGCAGCCGGGGGCGCCGUGCGAGCCCGCGCUGCUGGCGACGCAGGUGGCGCUCUUCUGCGCGCCCGACAUGCCGACGGCCCAGUGCUGCGAGCCCGUCGUCGCCGCCGUCGACCUCGGCGGCGGGGUGCCCUGCCUCUGCCGCGUCGCCGCCGAGCCGCAGCUCGUCAUGGCGGGCCUCAACGCCACCCACCUCCUCACGCUCUACAGCUCCUGCGGCGGCCUCCGCCCCGGCGGCGCCCACCUCGCCGCCGCCUGCGAAGGACCCGCUCCCCCGGCCGCCGUCGUCAGCAGCCCCCCGCCCCCGCCACCACCGUCCGCCGCACCUCGCCGCAAGCAGCCAGCGCACGACGCACCACCGCCGCCACCGCCGUCGACCGAGAAGCCGUCGUCCCCGCCGCCGUCCCAGGAGCACGACGGCGCCGCCCCGCACGCCAAGGCCGCGCCCGCCCAGGCGGCCACCUCCACGCUCGCGCCCGCCGCCGCCGCCACCGCCCCGCCGCCCCAGGCGCCGCACUCCGCCGCGCCCACGGCGCCGUCCAAGGCGGCCUUCUUCUUCGUCGCCACGGCCAUGCUCGGCCUCUACAUCAUCCUCUGAGUCGCCGACCCCGAGAAGCCAUGGUCCGUCCAGUCGCAGUAGAGUAGAGCGCUCGUCGUCUCGUUCCGUUUCAUGCCAGUCGCCGUUCGAGGUUCGUUUCUGCAUGCAGUCCGGUCGAAGAAGACGGUGGAUUUUGAGUAGUGGUAGUAGCUAUCGUUGGCAGGAGUAUGGAGUUCCUCGGUCGCCUAGUUUUGGUCUCAAGUAGUGUCUGUCUGUCCGCCGUGUUUGCGUGGUCGCGGAGAACUACAUUUGGGUGUUUGCGAUUCCUCUGGUUAAGAUGAACCACUGAUGCUAUGUGAUCGAUCGAUCGGUAUGAUCUGAAUGGAAUGGAAAUGGAUCAAGUUUUGCGUUCUGCUGA